AUGAAUAGAGAUGCCAUUCCGGAUAUUGCUUUGAAGCUUUCCCAAGUUCAUGAGACCUUUAAUGCUGGGCAAGUAGAGCUACCUGAAAGAACAGUAGAUGGAUGCAUAUCAGCAGAGCAAGAAGAAGCUGUUGAUAAUGUGCCACCUGAGAUAGAUGCAUCAUCAGAUCAAACUGAAAAUAUCCAGGAGGAAAUUAACAUGCCUCUUCCAAAAUCAAUAAAAUCAUGGAGAAAGAAGAAACAUGCAGCUACCUCAACCAGAGCUAUUGCUGACGAAGGCAUGUUGGUUGCAAUAGGUCUAAAGACCGCUGAAGAAAGGGAAGCAGACAGAGAAAAUGCCAAAUCAAAGGGGAAUGUUCCUGCAGAAAGGCAACAAGGAAAAGUAAGCACCUCAAAAGCUAGAAUGGGGAAACGGCAUGCAGGGUGCUGCGUGCGACCGCUGCCGUGCUUCCCGUUCCCGAACCCGCCGAACUGCCCGCCGUGCCAGCCGAGCGCGGUGCUGACUUGCAAGCCGCGGUGCUGCCCGCCGCCGUGCUGCCCGCCGUACCCUUGCCCGCCCCUGCUGUGCCCGCCGUGCCGGCCCAAGCCGCGCUGCUGCCCGCCCAAGGGCUGCCUGCCGUGCACGGCGCCCACCUGCCCCAGCAACCAGGUGUGCGUCAAGCCGCCGCCCUGCCCGCGGCCCUCGUGCACGCCGCUCUGCAUGCCCGUCUACGCGCCGCGCGCUCCCAGGGUGCCGUGCGUCGACCAGCGGCCCCGCAUCGUCAACGUCGCCGUGCACGAAGUCCGGCCCAGCUCCGCCCUCAAGUUCGUCUACUUCAACACAGCUCCCGGCCUGGAUUUCUGCCAGCAGAUGAGAAUGGAAGUUCCUGCUUGCACCGCAGCAGCAGCAGCAGUCACUGUCCACAAGAUGUCUGCGGACCUGGUCUCAUUCGACUAG